AUGCGCGUCCCCGCAAUCGCGCGCGCUGCCUGCCUCGAGUUCAACUUAGAUCUGUCUGCUGCCUUCUCAUCUGCUCACUACCGGGAGAUGCUGACAUAUAUCUACAACUCUGCCACCACCACGGCCUUUCUGCCCAUCCCCAAGAGCUCCCGCUAUGUGCUUGGACCAGGCUAUGUAUCAUUAGGACACAUCCUCCUCGCCCCGACGACGUCGACACCGCGACCAUCAAAACUCUCCUCGCCCACGGCUUCCCUCCUCUCCCGCUCCCUCGCCAAUCUCUCCGCCACCGUCGCAAAGUAUGCCGAACAUGCCGGCUGCAAGUCCAUCGUGGCGCGCGACGCGAUAGAAGCCUUUGGCGAACUGGGCACCAACAUGGACGCGCUCAGGGAGUACUGCGCCGUUGAGGGCUGCGCGACAUAG